CAUGGCAAGCAGCAUGUUGUGCGUUUUAAGAUUUUAAAAAAUACUGGUUACAUCAGUUAUAUAUAAACAGAUAAAUGAAUUUCUUGCAAGACUGAUAACUCAUUUCUAGAAUAUUAGUUUAGGUGAAAUAAUCUCACCAAAGAAUAGACUAGAGCAAGAGUUUUGAAGAAGAUUGGAAAGGCAAUUGACGGGGAGAGAGACAGAGAAGUCAGUGACUAGGAAACACUUUCAUUGAAACAGAACAGUGAGAGGCGAAGAACAGGAAUGUAAGGGUGAAUAUUGUAGUGAAGUCAAAGGGUGAAUUUUAUAGAAUAUAGGAAUAAUGGCUGAGGAAAAGGGAUGGGUGGGUAUGUGAAGAAAGGACAUUGUUUUAUUUUUUCUGUUUAUGAGGGUAAUGAGUAAAUAAAUAUGUGGGUAAAUUCCUGGAUGAGGAAAAGGGAUGGUUAGGGUAUGUAAAGAAAGGCCAAUUUUUUCUUUUUCUUUUUAUGAGGGUAAUGAAUAUGUAAAAUGAGUAAAUUCCUGACGAAUUAAAGAUAUUCAGUAGUAACACAACAAAAAUAGCCAACGAAAGUAUAGAAAGCGAGGGAAUAGAGAUAACCAAAUAAAGUCAGAACAUACAAAAGAAAGACGGCAACACACACAACGAAAAGGUAAGUCCCCAAAGACAGGCUAGGAACCACAGCACCACGGUAGGUCCAACAACCACACCAUAACCUCAUCCUCCCUUAAACAAAAGAAAAACAAAAAAAAAUAAUAAUAAUAAUCCCACCCCCUAUGUCAACCCACCUGACUCAUAACCCACGUUCGCCUGACUCAUAACCCAUGUACCCACUCGAGCCACAACCCACUCUCUAACUCUCCUUCCCUCUGUGUGUCCGUCUAGGGGAGGCCCUGAUGUGCUGGGACUGUAACAGCGCCCUGGACCCACGGUGCGGAGAGUUCAACUUCGACAAACACACGCUGGACACUGUCAACUGCUCUCACGUCUACAAUGAGUAUCUCAGGAAAAAGGAACCUCUCUACUGCAGGAAAAUAGUCCAGACAAUUCAGGACACCGUGCGCACCGUGCGAGGCUGCGGCUGGCUCGAGGAGACGAAGGCCGACGUCGGGGGCUGCUACGUCAGGACCGGCACGAAGGACGUCAUGGUGAAGUACUGCCACUGCCAGGGCGACGAGUGCAACGGCGGCGCCUCCCUCGUGGCCUCCUUGGGACUGGCCACAGGACUCCUGGCCUUAACCAAGCUCUUCUAGUCGCGCCAGAACCACUUAGUGCGUUGGGAAACCAGUUCGCUCGGCGCUUUUAUGCUACAUUUAAAACACACCAAAGUCAAACACUCGAAUUCGGCCCCGGUAGUAAACAGCUUCGAAAUUGAUCGACAUCGUGUUUUUUUAUGGGUUGUGAUGAUGCCUAUUGCUGAGGAUGUAAAUAAACUUUAGCAGUAACACGAAAAUGAUACUGUGGAACUCAAGAAUAAUAACUAUAAGAGCAUAAUUUUUCAGGAAUUAUUGACUAGUAUGUCCUUGGCGUCUCGUUGCGCCACGACCGAGAAUCUCAUUUGUUGUUAGCGCUCUUAGCGUUAGCGCCUCGUGUACUGUUCCAACUUUGAACAACCACCACUGUGUACUGUACUCAUAUUGAACGGCCUCCCUUGUGUAUUGUAACAACAUCAAAGAAUUUACAUGUCAUGAAUUGUUUUGUGAAGAAGAAACAAAAAGGUUACUCGGAAAAGCCUCCUCUGCCUUACACAGAGAGUGGAUGAAGCAGGAUUGCUGUAGAGUUCCACACUGCCUUUCGCACCUGUUAAACAAACUCCAGACACUGUUUUAUCAUUUGUCCCUUGAUGCUGCUGGAGACAGUGGUCUGAACCGUCACUGGUCAGAGCCGAUCAGCCCAAAUUAACUGACAAUGCACCAUUUGCUAACCAUGAACUCCCCGAAAGCACAAGAUGCAAACGACCCCUCCAGGGUUUAGACCUAUUUCUCUCCAGUAAUGUUGAUUUUCCAUUCACCGAUGAAUCAGGGGAAGGCAGCUCGAACUCAGAAUCCAUUUUCACUUUCCGGAUUUAUAAAUAUUCAAAGCACUUUCCAGAGGGAAUCGUGGGGACGAACUACCUCCUUCUGAUUCACCACGAGAAUGUUUGCUUGGGUUCCGUGCACACGCUCGGAAUUUGCAUUCUCACUAUCUUAGUGCAAAUGACAGAAAUACUCACAAGUGUAGCAUAAUGUGUACAUAGAUAAGCAGUUUUAAUGCUCUCUCUUCUGCUUGUCAGUGGAAAACUUUGCCUUGUAAAAAUGCAAGUUCAAAUUGUGCUUAGUGAUGUAGAGAUGAUGAGUCUGUAAAUGAAAUAACUUUUGUCCAAUAAAUGAACACUAUUGGAA